GCUUAAAAAACAUGGCCGCACACACGAUGGGUAUUUUUAUUUACGUUCUGUGCUUCGUUUCAGUGGAAAUGAAAGUAGUUGAGAUUUGUUUCGUCUAGGAACAGACAGCUGUGAGAGUGAGCUGAACGUUGUUUAAAUCCACGGCUGUUUUUUUUACCUCCUGGAUUUUCAAUCCGCAUUUUAAAAAUAAACUGUCAUGCAAAGCAGCUGUUGAAAGGUAACGUGCAACUUUGAAAGAUUUAAUGAAGCAAAUCCGAAGGUUUUUUCAAGCCCCGGAGAAUUGCUCACCAGCACGAUUGAACUGUAGUCAGCCGGGCACUGUUGGAAGCACCACUAGGAAGCAUUGCAAAUAAUUUUUGAAUUAUUUUUUUUAUUUUAAUAAAAUUUAAAUACUGCCCAAAAGUACUCUGAAUAAAAUACUUAAAUAUUUUUAGAUAAGAAGUUUCGUAUGAUUUUAGUUAGGAAUAAAGUGGGUGUUUAUGUUAUGUUUAUGAUUCUUUUUCGUAAUUUUCAUCAAAAUUCUUGACCAUUUAAAAAACCGACAUGCUAAAUAUGAGGUUAUAGACAAAAAAGGGGCGUUUGAGCAUCGCACGUGGAAUAAAAUUAAGCGCGACAAUAAAAUGAUGAAUGUCUUUUGGUGAAACAUGGCAUUUUUGCACCAAAAACUUUUAUUUUGACUUCACAGCAGUCGGCUUUUCUUCGUAUAACAAUUAACUCGGCGGUUUCAAUGUUUAGUUUUAUGAGCCCUUUUUCAGUUGUCACUGAAUCUUCAGAGCAGUGUGCAAAUACAAGUAUAAGAUAAGGUAUUUGCGGGAGAAACUUGAUUUGUUUUAAAAUUGAAUAUCAGAUUAUUAUUAUUUUUUUGGCGUGGGGCGUUGAGUUUUCGCACUGCCGGGCAUGUUCGGAAACCUGUUCGAAGAAGACGACGCAGCAUUUGUGCCCCAAAGCACUAGUUCCGAUGGCAGGAAAUGUCAGGGGAAAAACAGCGAGCCCCCUCCGCCGAGGGGAAUGGUCAAUCUGUCUGGGAUCAGGAAUCAAGGCGGAACCUGCUACCUCAAUUCCCUGCUACAGACGCUGCUCUUCACACCCGAGUUCAGAGAGGUGCUGUUCAGUCUGGGACCAGAAGAGCUGGGUUAUCUGUCAGACAAGGACAAGCCUGAGGCCAAGGUGAGAGUGAUCCCCUUGGAGCUGCAGAGGCUGUUUGCUUACCUCUUGUUGGUGGAUCAGCAGGCUGCCUCUACAGCAGACCUCACUGAUAGCUUUGGAUGGACCAGUAAUGAGGAGACAAGCCAGCAGGAUGUGCAGGAGCUGAACCGGAUCCUGUUCAGUGCCCUGGAAAGCUCUCUGGUCGGCACGUCAGGGAGUGAUAUCAUAAGCCGUCUCUACCACGGCACAGUCGUCAAUCAGAUUGUCUGCAAGGAGUGUGGCAAUGUCAGCGAGAGACAGGAGGACAUUCUGGACCUGACGGUGUCGGUGAAAGGCUUGAGCGGCCUGUUGGAGGCGCUGUGGAGCAUGUUUGUGGAGGAGGAGUUCUUUGAGGGCAAUAACCUGUAUCGUUGUAGCUGCUGUGGCAACUUGGUCACGGCGGCCAAGUCAGCUAAACUGAGGAAGCUGCCUCCCUUUCUAACCAUCUCCCUGCUGAGGUUCAGCUUUGACUUUACCAAAUGUGAGCGGUACAAGGAAACAGGCCGAUACACGUUCCCCGUCAGAAUGAACCUCCGGCCUUUCUGUGAGCAGGCAGAGCGGGCAGACUCAGAGUAUGAAUAUGAACUCUUUUCUGUUAUUAUACACAAAGGUGGCUGUUAUGGGGGACACUACCACGUGUAUAUCAAAGAUCUCGACCAACUGGGCAACUGGGAGUCUCCCGUUCAGGAAGAAGAAGCCAAGCCAAAAUUGCCAAAAAAAGACGUGAAAGCUCCUGAUUCUGAGCUGGAAGUAGAGGACCCGCUGGCGGUGCUGAAAGCCAUAUUGUCUCAGGAAGAAUCAAAGACCAUCCUUGUCGACCAGUUGGGCCAAAAGCUACUAGAUAAAAUUGGGGUGUCCUGGAACAAAAAAUUUCGUAAACAGCACGGACCAAUCGGAAAGUUUCUCCAGAGCCAUGCGGAUGUAUUUUUGUUGGUUUCAAAUGGCACCCAAGUUCAACUCAAGCCCAAUGGACUGGAGGCUGUAGAACCGAGCCAGAAGGCUGACCCAGUUACACCGGAAAGGACAGAGGUGCCGGUACCGGGUGAUGAGCACCACUGGUUCGACCUGAACGACACCUCUGUGCAGCCCAUCAGAGAGCAGGACAUUGAAAAGCAGUUUCAGGGCAAGGAGAGUGCCUACAUGCUGUUCUACAGGAAAGCCGAGCUCCGGAGGCCUGCGGAAGCCAGAAAGAACCCAAGAUACAAAGUUCCAGUCCAUUUGCUUCAAGAAACUGAGGAAGAAAACAAGAAACUGCAGCGGAUGAGGUCAGAGUUUGAAGAGUCCAGCAACACCAUUGAGGUGCGUCUGCAUCUGGCCCCACACUACAAGGUGGAAAACGGGGCUUUGCACCCGAGUUCGUCGCCUCAGGACAGCGUGCUGCCGUUGGCUUUCGACCGGCGCAAGACUGUGGGGGACCUUCGACAGGCCAUCUACCAGGUGCAUUCCUGGGAAGGAGACAUGGCUCUUACAGUUGUUAAGAGUUUACCAGCAGGCCUUCAUCUGUAUGACACCCUAAUAGAUGACCAGCAGUCUCUGUACAGCUCUGGUAUCGCAGAUGGGAUGGAUCUGUUUGUGUGGAAUGGGCAAGAGGUGGGUGGCGUGAAUGUCCAGACCGGUGCGGACUGGGAACCGGUGCUGCUGAACCUGGUGCGGCCCUCUGUUGGUGGUGAGGACCCUGGGCUAUCGGAGGCACCCCAGGGCUUCUCUGGGGGCCUCGAGCUGGGAGCAGUGCGCCAGGCCCUGGGUAAAGAGGAGCUCCUGCUGUGCCAGGAAGAGAAGGGGCUUGGCACUCAUGGCUCAGGCUGGAGGGUGUUUCCACCGGCAGACAUGCACAAGACCAUUAAAGAGCUGGCCCUGAGGGACGGAGACUCCAUCCUGGUGCUGGAGCCCCAGGCCUUGGACUUGAGCCAGUUCACUCUUAAUGGGGACAUAGUCGCCGUGACGACCCCCUCAGAGUGCAGGUGGCUGCAGGUGGCUCCCUGGACAGGAGAAGCAGCAGGAGAGGGGGAUGGCAAAGCGGUUAAGGUCCCAGCCUCGGGAGACAUGCUGCUGUCAGAGGUUAAACUGAAGGCCAUGGAGGAGCUGUGUUUACAGGACCAAUUAUUAGGAAGCGAGUGCUGCCUGAGACAGGCUGACAACAGCGGCAAACUCCUGCCCCCAGUGCGGGAGGAUAUGAGUAUCCGUGAGGCAGGGGUGAAACUGAUGAGCACUUUGUCCCUUUGCCCAGGCCCAGCACCUGGACCACAUCAGCUGUUUCUCUACUUCACUGUUGGCACAGAUCCUCCAGCUGGGCCAGAGAUGGAGAUAAUCGUUGAGGACACAGUCACUGUUAAAGAGUGCCUGAAGCUCAUGUUGAAGAGGGCAGGACUGGAAGGGGAAUGUUGGCACCUCAGAAAAGUAGAUUGGUGCUAUGAAAUUGGUGAGCCACUUAAUGAAGAGGACACCACACUCGCCAAACUGAAGGUCAGAAGUGGAGACACCUUGGUGGUCACAGAGGGCCGCCUCCCACCGAAGGGCUUCUUGAGGUUACCGGUCUGGCUGUAUGGAGAGCCGAGCAUUUCCUUAAGCCAGCAAGACCCUCAGAUCAAUCAUGUUGCGGAGCAAAUAGGAGAAUUGUCGUUGGGCACUUCCACUGCAGACGCAUUGGAAUUGCAUCUUCAGUUUAUGGGACUUGUUGAGAUCUCAGGAGAAGCCAGCCUGGAAGAUCUCAAAAUGCAGGUCAUGACCUUGCCAAACUUCCAGAAUCUGUGUGUGCCAUCGUCCGAAUUUCUCCGAGUCUGGGUGCUGGAAGGCAAACGACCAGCCAAGAUCCUCAGGGGAAACCAGCAGCCGAUCAACACUUUAAAAUUAGGAAGUGGGACUGAAAUCUGUGUCCAGCGUCUUUGCAAAGAAGAAAACCUUGGUCUUAAGGAGCUGCUUCUGAGAGUGCAAAUGGGCGUGCCGGCCCAGCGCCAAUACUACCCGGCUGAGGAGCUGGUAUGGGACACGGCCAAGGAGUGCACAGCCCGGGCGCUGCGCCAGGCCAUUGCCAGCCAUUACGCGCUGCCCCUCGACAAGGUGGAAGUGGCCAAAUACUUCCCAGACAAGUACGAGUGGAUGGUGGUGUCCAGCUGGAGCCAGCAGGUAUCCAAACGUAAGAAGAAGAAAAAGUUAGAGAAUUUGCUGGGGGCACCUUUUCACCUAAAAGAUGGGGAUGUCAUUGGGGUCAAGAAUCUUCUCAUAGACCAGAAUAAAGACUUCAGCACGCUUCGAGAUGACAUUGGGAAGCAGCAGCUCAGGCAGGAAGUGGAAAACAAGAGGAACAGUGGGAAGAGGGUCAGCUUUCAGAACGCAGAGCCUUACCCAGAGAGGAAGCCUUCUGGACGCAACAGGAAGCCCGAAGUUGCCCUUUCCAUCAACGUUGGAGUUUUUAGAUAGCAGUGACUUCUCAUCUGUUAAGGUGUCGACGCAUAUGAUGUGUGUUUGGGUUUUUUUUUUUUUUAAAUCUUCCUUUGGUCGCUUUUCCUGUGUCAAGCAACAAUAUUUUCCACACUCUCCACCUGGUUUGUGCCUGGCUUUGAUCGAUUGUGCAGUUUCCCCGAAGAGGUGAAAUGGCGCCAACCAUAGCAGACGUCCAGAUGGAUUAGCAGAGCGGUUAGUCUUCUAGGUCACCCUAAACCACUUGUGUUUUUAGGUUAAGGACACAUGGACGUUAUCGAUAAGCUGGGCAAGUACAUUGUUCAUUUGUUCAGUUAAGGGAAAUUGGUCUUUAGGGGCUGAUGUGUUUAGCUGAUCACUAUUUCAGAUCUUGAGGAACUGAUGAUUUAAUGAUUACUAAUGAAAAUUGCUGCUUUGGGGCUCCCUAGGGCCAGGGUUGGAGACAUAAAUAUAAGCAAGGCCUAACAUUUACAGGUAGCAAAAAUUGUAAAGGGACAUACCUGUUGAUGCAGGGACAGUUUAGACUUCAGGACUCUUCUGGUUGGUCACUCAACGACACUUAAGCAGCUUUUAAAUGAUCUCUGAUAACUCCCUGCUCAAACAUACUAUAACUAUGCAAUUAAAGUCGUAGUACAAUCUGUGGUUAUGAAGUGCUAUUAUAAGUAUUUAUCAUGUGCUUAAUUAUGCCUAGUGUUAACAUGCUGAGCAGUUUUCCAACACAAUUUGACAAACAAAAACAAGUAACUGACUGGUUUCCAGGUGCCAGUUAAUUUUGUACCCUAAUAGUCAUUAGAGAUCAAACGGCAAAAGUAGCAGUUGAUUAAUAGGAAUUUAGUUUUUUAUGUAAAAUGUACAUACAUGUUAACAACAAGAAUCAAUCAUAAACGGUUGGCUUAAAGAUACUACAAACAAAAUAUUUUGUACUUUAAUGACAAAAUGUAGGUUUGUCACGUACCUCUGUAUUAUCUGCUUGUAUUGAAGCUUAGGGAGUAGGAUGGGAUGAUUUUAAGUUCGUUUUUUUCUUAAUGACAAUAAAUCCCAUUUCAGGAUACUCUUUGUGGUGUCUGAUCAUGUUGUAGUAAGGCUUUGUAAAAUCAUCUUAAUGUAGUUGGGCUGGACGUGAGAUUGAGGUAUCCAGGCACGCCACAUCUCCACAGAGCUUUAUGGCUGAAAAUGUACAUUUAAUCGCUGCUCAGUCGACAAGCACAUGAAGUGAAAGCAACUGUGGUGCUGGUGCAGGAAAAACAGAGCUCUACUAUCAAAUGUUUGGCUUGAGAAAAUCGUAGGAAAAAUGGCUAUUUUCUUAUUUUUUGUACAGAUUCUUUCUGUUGUGUAAAUAAAUGCAGCCUGCUUCAAUGUUCUUAAAAUGAUGUAAAAAAUAGAUAGAAGAAAGCACAGCUUUGCAGUGGCAUCUGGAAGUAUGAAUUGCCCCGUAUUAAACUGCAGUGGCAUGCUGAUCCAAUUGAACAUCUCAGGAUUUUUCAUUUAUUUUGUGAAAAUCAGGAAAAAAAAUUGAUUUACUACAGAAAUAUGGGUUUUGUUAACGUUUGCAUAUUUGUUUUAUGAAAACAAAAUUAAAAACCAAUCUGACAUUUUUGGAA